CCGCAAAUUUCGAAAGUUCCCGCUUCCCCCCUCUCCCAAAAUUCCUUAGAAUCUCACUGUUGUUCCUUGAGAUGGCUCGUACUAAAAUCCGAGGCUGAGGCCCGACUGUUUCGCCCAACUAUUUUGUGUCCCUCUUCAGCCCUUCAGUGUACACCAACCAUGGCCAUCGUCGGCGUCCUCGCUUUACAGGGAUCUUUCAACGAACACAUCACAAGCAGUACUCUGUCUUCAUCGUGGUCAUCAUUUAUAUAAACAUCACAUGAACAUGUUAAUGGGUUUUGAUUGCUGUUUUUGUUUCUCUCCGCAGCACUUAAGCGGCUUGGAGUGAAGGGAGUGGAGAUAAGGAAGCCGAAGCAGCUUCAGAGUGUCAGCUCUCUUAUCAUCCUUGGAGGAGAAAGCACCACCAUGGCUAAACUCGCCGCGCUUCACAAUCUUUUUCCUGCCCUGCGUGAAUUUGUGAAAAUGGGAAAGUCAGUCUGGGGGACAUGUGCAGGUCUUAUAUUCCUGGCAAACAAAGCUACUGGACAGAAAGAAGGUGGACAGGAAUUAAUUGGUGGCCUUGAUUGCACUGUGCAUAGGAACUACUUUGGCAGUCAGCACAGUUUACUGUGAAAUACUCAUCUACCAUUUCUAUGUUGUUCUAUAAAAAAUGGGACCUGGAACUUAAACAGAUGGCAGCAGCACUCACAGCUUUUUAUGACACCCUUCAUUUUCAAUUUCUAAAUACAGUUUGCUGCUACCU